ACAGAUCACUAUGCCUUCCUACAAACUCACCUAUUUCAACGCUCGUGGCUACGGAGAAGCUGCUCGUAUUCUCUUCCAUCUUGCCGAUGUUCCAUUUGAGGAUUUCCGUAUGACCCAUGGAGAUGGAACAUGGGAAAAGCUGAAAGAAAAAACUCCACUCGGACAAGUCCCGGUCCUAUCCGUCGAUGGAUUUGAAAUUCCACAAUCUGCUGCAAUCAUCCGCUAUCUUGCCAAUAAAUUUGGAUAUGCUGGAAAAACCCCGGAAGAGCAAGCUUGGGCAGAUGCCAUCGUUGACCAAUUCAAGGAUUUCAUGGGAUCCUUCAGAGAAGUCGGAAAAGCACAUGCCGCUGGAAAGCCAGCUGAGGAGAUUGCAAAGAUCAUGCAAUCAGAUGUCGUUCCGGCUAGAGAUGCAUUCUUCGUAAUCAUCAAUGGGAUCCUGGAGAAGAGCAAGUCAGGAUUCUUGGUUGGAGAUGGGCUCACUUUUGCCGAUAUUGUAGUUGUGGAGUGCAUCACAACUUUGGACAAAAAUCAGUUAUUCACUCCAGCGGGAGAGCCAAAGUUGGUUGCUCUUCGGGAGAAGGUCUAUGCGAUUCCAGCUAUCAAGAAGUGGGUCGAGAUUCGCCCAGAUACUCAGUACUAAAGUUUGUUGUAAAUUGUUUGAUAAUUGAAUACAAUAAAUAGUUUUAAU